AUGAAGCUUCUUUUGAUUUUCCAUUUGUUCGUUUUAUUAGCGUGGAUUUGCACAGCACAAGGCUCGGGAUCGAAACAGAUGAAGUGUGAGCGUAUUACAAUCCCACUUUGCCAAAAAAUCGAAUACAACUUGACGUACGUUCCUAACAUGUUCGGGCAUCCAACACAAACGGAUGCAGCGCUCCAUGCCCAUCAGUUCUGGCCUCUGGUUCGAAUCAACUGCUCGCCAGAUCUCAAGCUUUUUAUUUGUGCGACGCAUGCACCGGUGUGCGAAGAGAAUUACGGAAAGCAGUUGCUACCUUGUCGAAGUUUUUGCGAGAGGGUUCGAGAUGCAUGUAGUCCGGUGAUCAAAACACACGGAAUGAGUUGGCCUGAAUACCUUGAUUGUAACAGAUUUCCCGAAAACUCGAGAUUGACUGUUUGCAUGGAGAAAGAUUUUGGGAAUGUUAAAGAAAAAGUGAAGCGCCCUACAAGCGGUGACAAGAAAAAUCGUUCCAGACUCAUUAUAAAAUCCCAGCCUAAAAUAACGAAAGCAAAAACAAUUGAUAAACCUGACCGUACUUUGAAAAAAACUCGCUUGAAAGAUAAAAGAAACUUUUUCGAAAAAGGUCGCAAAAUGAACCAAAACAGGUUUGAAACUUGUGGCUGCAUGUGCCAAAAACCGUUUGUCUAUGUGAACAGGAGUAUCGGUGACGGGCCCACGGAUGUUCCUUCUUGUGCUCUCCAAUGCAAAGAGUAUUUUUUCAGCAGGAGUCAACAAAAUCUAACAACCUUUUGGAUCACUCUCUGGUCUUUUCUGUGCUUGAUAUCAACGUCUGCUACAUGUGUUACAGCUCUUAUUGAUACAGACCGAUUUAAAUACCCUGAGCGCCCUGUCAUAUUCAUUUCAUUUUGCUUUUUCAUGGUGUCAGUUGGGUACAUUAUAAGAUUAGCACGAGGAUUUGAAAAAAUUGCAUGUAACCCUGCGACAAAUUUAUUGAGGUACUCUGCCACAGGCCCCGCUGACUGCACUACAGUGUUUUUACUGACUUACUUUUUUGGGAUGGCCGCUUGUAUAUGGUGGGUUAUUUUGGCAUUGAACUGGUUUCUGUCGGCCGGUAUGAAAUGGAGUGUCGAAGCAGUAACCUCUUACUCUCAGUAUUACCAUUUUGUGUCGUGGUUUAUUCCCACCGUGCAAAGCAUGGCUAUACUAGCAAUGGCUGGCAUUGACAGUGACCCCGUAUCUGGCUUGUGCUUCGUUGGCAAUCACGAUAACGCAAUGCUAACCAUCUUCGUCAUAGCACCUCUUCUCGUUUUCUUGACUAUCGGCAGCUCCUUUCUCAUUGCUGGCCUGCUAGCCCUUUUUAUCAACCGUAAUGUACUUAGAAAGAAAGGGGCGCGUUCGCCAAAAAUGGACAGGAUGCUUGUAAAGAUUGGAAUAUAUGCAGUUUUUUUUCUUGUGCCUGUUGCAAUUACCAUCCUUUGUCACUUUUAUGAACACAAUAAUAGAGAAAGCUGGGAGAAAUCGAAGAACUGCCCAUGCGUGCGGGUAAAGGAUAAGCCCAAGCAUUACGUGUUUUUAGUUAAAUAUUUGAUGACCUUAGUAACUGGACUAGCCACUGGCUUUUGGGUUUGGGGAACAAAAACCGUUGAAUCAUGGCGAAGAUUUAUAAACCACAUCUUUAGGAAUGAACAGGAAAGACAGCCAAAAGCGGUGGCAUUGUAGUGUAAUUAUGUUGCUGGAAUCAAGGCCUACCUGGACAAAAUUAGUGUUGCCUUCCAGCGCUGGAACUUGAUUUCUGAAGAAGAUAGCAAUUUCAUUCCUUUACUUACAUGAUAAAUUUUACUUGCAUUAAGUAUUGGUAAGAAAUAACUUAAAAGAUUAUUUCUCGUUAAGUAUUGCAGACUGUAAAUGGCAAACGUAGAGAUAUUUUUCAGAAGUGUAUCAGGUAACC